ACCGCUCGUUUAGGUGAAAACAUCGAGCCGUUCUGCAAGAAACCGAAGAAUUCUUAUUGCACUCCCUUGUUCCGAAAUGCCGACAAUAUUUAUAAGAAUUGUGCGCCCGUUUUCUACGACAACCAGAACCCGCAGAAAGAUUGCAACUAUGCUUCCAGAUGUCAAAACGCGAACGACUCAGUUAUCCACAAUCAUGAUAGUACCAAAUCGAUUUCUGAGGAAGAAGAUAAGAUGUGUGUGUUUGGUGAUAUGAAAAUGCACAUCGGUGACGAACUCAAUCAGGCAACGGAUUAUGAUUCCGUUUGCGUGAAAUGCGUUUGCGAAAUACCACCGAUCCCAACGUGCCAACGACUUCCGGAUGACAAAUGCGACAUCAGGAAUCACCCACCCUUUUCCAGUGGGUUUAUCCUUGAUUGAGUGAUCUAAUGGGCUGCGAAUUUUUAAAUAAUAUAUUAAAACUGUGUCGAAUGCACAAAGUUUCAGUGCUUACCAAAGGUUAAAUUCGCACGACACAGUUUAGUGAUAUAUUUUCUAUAUUCUUAGGUAGAUCCAAGAUAACGAUUAUAGUCAUUACUAAUGGUAGAAUGUAAAGACUUAGUUAUUAGUUUGUUUUCUUGACUUAUGUUUGAAAAUAUAUAUGUAGCAUUCUUAUGAAGAUAUA